AUGUCACAAGAGUUUUGUGUAAUGAGAUGGUCUAUGACAUUUUACCAUGUCAAGCGUGGGAAACGCUUGAAAUCGUGUAAAAAAGCUAACAAAACGAAUGAUAAAUGUCGACAAAUUCGUCAACGUCAAAAUCAGACUGUUACAAAGCAACUCGCAGUAUUGCGUAGCGCAAUGUUGCGAGCAGGACGUGCACAGGAGCAGCAAAGUACUGUGAAUGCAAAUGGUGAAACGAAACGACAACGGACCUCAUAUACCCGCUAUCAAACAUUAGAAUUGGAGAAAGAAUUUCAUUUUAAUCGUUACCUGACCCGCCGAAGACGUAUCGAAAUAGCGCAUGCACUUUGCCUAACGGAACGGCAAAUAAAAAUUUGGUUCCAAAAUCGUCGCAUGAAAUGGAAGAAAGAACAUAAAAUGGCAUCAAUGAAUAUAGUACCAUAUCAUAUGGGACCAUAUGGUCAUCCAUAUCAUCAAUUUGAUAUUCAUCCGUCACAAUUUGCACAUCUGAGCGCAUAGGACGCGUGGCACUUUUCGGGUACUGGUUAGAGACUCAAUCAGUUGUAUCAGGAACCAUAUCAGGCAGCAGCGGCGGCAAGUGUGGCUGGUGGUUAUCAAACGCAAAAUACUCAGGAUACGUCAACGUCAGCUAUUGGUGUUGGCGUUGGUGUUGGCGUUGGCGCUGGCGGUGGUGGUAAUUCAUUAUUUGCAACGGCCAGUGCUGUGGCGUCGGCGAAUCCUGAGUGUAUAAAAUAUCCACAAGAUUUCUGAUCUCAAGCUAUCAUUAAACAACAACAACAACAGCAACAACAUCAGCAACAAACACAACAACAACAUCAACAACAACAACAUCCACCGCAUCAACAUCUAUUCAAGCAACAACUCUGUGAAAGGGAUCUGGAGUUAGAUCCAUCCGCAACAGAAUUGGAGUUGAAGGAUGAUAUUAUUGGUUGCAAUUUGUUCACUUAUUAACACAAAUGCAAGCAAUAAUGCAAGCAAUGCGGUGGAUGUGUGGAAUCGCUUCCACCAGUCACACUCCGACGCUGUUGACAACCAACAACAAUGAUAACUUCUGAAUGCAACUGAUUCGAGCUAAGUACAAACGAGCCGCUCGUUACUUUUUAUGUAACUGCUGACUGCAAAAGGAUCUGAGUACCUCUGAUUACUGCUAACACAUUUGCAGUGCAGCAGCUGCGGUGGUGGCUCGUUUUGGUUUAUAAUACUGGACAUUAAAGGAAUGUGUUUUCUAUUUCAUAACUUCAGACUUUAGUAAGUGAAAUAUAUCAACUUUUGCUUGAUUAUUUUAUUUACCGUUUUGAACAAGAAUUAAUUUAUUUAAAUAUCAAUUCGGAUAAAAAUCUGUGUGGCAGACUUUCAAUUGCUUUCUCUUUAAGCUCUUCGUACUUAUCUCUGGCUUAGUGUGAACACCACUUAAUUGUCCAGUAUAAUAAACCAUUCUCUAAGCAGUAUUCGAAAAGCCAUUAGUUUUAAGUAACUACGUUUUAAGUGUUAGUUUGUAAGUUUAUCGUAUAUACAGAGAAGCGCUGUUAAAUGUUCCCGUUAAACUUAAAAACUAAAUCAAAUCUUUAUUGACACGUUCAAGGUGGCAUGUACUUAUGUUUAAUAGUAGAAAAUUUUUGAUAUAUCAUAAUUUCAUAAUAGUUUUAAUUUUUUACAACACAGUUUCUUUUGCAUCUCUUGGUAACCCAUAGAACACUAAAUAAUAUUAAAAAUAUUUAAUUAAUUUUUAAUUUUGUUAAACUUAAAUAAUUAUACAUUUUACACAAUCGCAUCUCGUUUACGAAUUUAUACGUUGAAGUAUUGUUGAAUUAUUACAAUUUAUCAUUUGCUAAAAUGGUUGUUGCAGCUGCUAAGCAUUGGCACUGCACACAGUUUGAUAAGCACUAUAGCACCAUGUACAAGCUGACAACUACUGUCAAACUGUUACCAGAACUGUUCGUUAACCUUUUUAAAAUUUAAUCUUUAAGUUUGUAAAUAAAAAAAUAAU